ACAGUAUGAUAGGAGACCUUUAACAUCCUCUAUUACAAAGGGUUAUUAGAAGUUUAAUCACUUAAUGUUUUUCUGUCACAUUUACUCAGUUUUAUCACCAAAAAGAGGCCCUAUUACGCUUUAGCCUGUAGUGGUUUCUUUAGGUUUGCAAAGACUCAAUUCCCUGUGAUCCCUCCAGAGAAUGUGUCCUCUUUAAUGUGAAUACUCUGACCGUUGAUGUCUUGCUUGUCGCUGUUUGGUGUCCAGAUGUCCUUUCCUCAGGGGACACUUUUUGCGCCACUUUGGACAUAAAUCUAAACAGGAAGGCAGACGAUUGGUCGCCCUGUCUGUGCCUCUGGGACUCAAAGCCACAUUAGAGACUGUUUGUCUGAGAGUGCACUGUACUGAGGAAUUCUACAUUUGGUAUCAGCUAUCCAGAUCACUUGACAUCUAGUUUGUGUGGUAUCUUGUUAUUAAUAUGAUGGCUCUUUUCCCAAGUAUUUCGUUUUUUUAUUGAGAAAGUACAUUUUCAGUUUCUAACAAAAACACAACAUCUCCUAAUGACAAACUAUCCAUGUUGCUCAAUGUGAAAGAAUCCAACUCAGGAAAUGUAACUCAACCUGUGGCUGUCUCAAUCUGUCACGAACUCCAUUACAAGUAUUGAAACCCACAUGUUUUAAAACGCUCCCUCUCCCAUUGUUAGUUACACCAUCAGAUGCUUUUUUUCUUUCCCCCAGGUGCUGGUAACCCUCAGUGCAAAGUGGCCAUCGUGAUGUGCAGGAGCGCCUCUCAGGAUGUGAGCAGCAGGCAUGGGCAGCACAGCAUGAUCCUGGUCCCCAUGGAAACACCGGGGGUAAAGCUCGUCAGACCGCUCACUGUGUUUGGACAGGAUGAUGCUAUCCACGGUGGCCACUUCGAAGUGCACUUUGAAAACGUGCGAGUCCCCGCCUCGAACAUCCUCCUGGGCGAGGGCCGGGGCUUUGAGAUCGCUCAGGGUCGCCUGGGUCCAGGUCGGCUGCACCACUGCAUGAGAGCCGUCGGAGCGGCAGAGUUCGCUCUGGAGCUGCUCUGCCGACGAGCUGCCUCCAGGGAAACAUUCGGAAAGAAACUGUACCAACAUGAAGUGGUGUCUCACUGGAUCGCAGAGUGCCGUCUGAUGAUAGAUCAGACCCGCCUGCUGACGCUGCACGCUGCUCAGGCUCUGGACUCGCUGGGCGGCCGGGCGGCUCGCAGACAGAUUGCUAUGAUCAAGGUGUCAGCAGCCAGGAUGGCCUGCCACGUGCUGGACUGCGCCAUCCAGGUGCAUGGAGGCGCAGGUGUUUCCGGAGACUUCCCUCUCGCACAGAUGUAUGCAUACGUGCGGACGCUGCGCAUUGCUGACGGACCGGACGAGGUGCACCUGUCCUCCAUCGCUCACCUGGAGCUGAGGGAUCAGCUGAAGAAGGCCAAGCUGUGAAGUAUUAACAUGUGGCUGCAACAAGAGCGAUUAUUACCCUACACUAAUUACUCACGAUUAGUUGUGUAUAUCUUGUGGUGUGUUGGAGAAAAUACCAGGUGUCUUCUAUUAUUCUGAUGGGCAUGAUACUGUGUGUGACCUCGCAGCGGCCUCUUCGUAGAUAGGAGAAGGCAUGUUGUUGAUACCAACGAGAGCACACACACUUUGUCUCCUCCUAUUGAGGGGCAAAGAGCAACACUGCCUUUCCAGAGAUGUCCCGACGCCUUCCCGACACCGUUUGAUACCUCCUGACUUUAGAAUCAGAAACCGGUUUAUUGCCAGGUAGGUUCGCACAUACUAGGAAUUUGACUUGAUGUCAUGUCCAUAUAAAAAACACAAAAUAUUUUACACCGUAAUAGAAUACAGUUAAAUAGCAAUAAAAUAAAGCAGUAAUUGACAUGGAAAUAGAAUGCUAUGAAUGAAUGUUUGCAUAUAAACUAU